AUGCGUGUUUCCCUCAAAGAGUUUGUUUAUAUCACCUCUUAUUGUGCACCUCAAUCCUUCACCAAUCCCGGUCAGGGUCGUCGUAUGCUGGUUUUGGCUACAACCAGCUGUCGUGCGGAAUUGGCCGAACAGAACUUGACUCAAGUGUUCUCGUGGCACAUCCAUGUAAGUCCAAUGACUCGACCGGAACAUAUCAUGUCUGCACUGGAAGAGGAUGAUCGGUUCACUCAGGCCGAACGACAGCGUAUCGAACGUUGCCUGGCUGGGAAGAACUCCCUACCAUUUUUAAAAAACCCGUUUCCGGUUCCUUCUUCUUCAGACUCUGCAUUGGUAUCAAACANUGGUUUCAAAGGUACGUGUCUGCUUCGUUAUCUUUUACCCGAGUUGUUCCCUCAAACCUACUCGUUUAAUCGUUUCAUGUCAGAAACCACACUUCCCAAAGCGAAAGUGUCUUUUCAUUUGGCAAGUACCGAUCCGGAAUAUCGGGUUUCCACGUUCCUAACUAAACUAGAAGAAGAAGGAAUGUCUCCAGAAGAAGCAUUGCGCAUGUGA